GACUAUAAGGAGACAGAACACCUGAGCUCCUCUAAUAAGGCAGCAUAGCUUCCUUGAACUGAUGAUCUACUAGAGAGUGUCUUGGACUGUUUGUCCUGAACAAGAUAUCUGUGCAGAAUGUCAGGAAGUUUCUGGCUAAACAUUGUGAUGCUCUGAAAGGAGGAGAGCAUCUCCAGUCUUAACAGCAGACAAAAUGAUAACCCUCCAGUGGAAGACUUGGCUCCUUUAACUAUUAUUAUUCCACUCCAGCUGCAUGAAUGGGAUGUUCCACUCCCGGAAAAACUGAAUGAAAUACAGGGUGACUGCAAGCAGGGGUCGUCUCUGCAUAAGGGCAUGUAAACUCAAGAAACCUGGGCAUUUGCAAUUCAGACCUUCCUCACUUCUUGGGUCACAUCAGAGCAAACAUGCCAGAACAAAGCAAUGAUUACAGGGUGGUUGUGUUUGGAGCUGCAGGGGUUGGUAAAAGCUCCUUGGUCCUUCGCUUUGUAAGGGGAACUUUCAGGGAAACCUACAUCCCUACCAUUGAGGACACUUACAGACAAGUGAUCAGCUGUGAUAAGAACAUCUGCACCCUUCAGAUUACAGAUACCACUGGCAGCCAUCAGUUCCCUGCUAUGCAGAGGUUGUCUAUCUCCAAAGGUCAUGCUUUCAUCUUGGUGUACUCGGUCACCAGCAGGCAGUCCAUGGAAGAACUUCAGCCAAUCUAUGAUCAGAUUUGUCAGAUCAAAGGGGAUAUCCAAAAGAUUCCAAUAAUGUUGGUUGGUAACAAGAGUGAUGAGACCCAGAGGGAACUGGAUGCCAGUGAAGGGGAAGCCUUAGCUAGCAAGUGGAAGUGUUCCUUCAUGGAGACAUCUGCUAAAAUGAACUACAAUGUACAGGAGCUCUUCCAAGAACUCUUGAAUCUGGAGAAGAGAAGAACUGUCAGUCUCCAGGUGGAUGGGAAGAAAUCCAAGCAGCAGAAAAAGAAGGAUAAACUGAAAGGCAAGUGUUCUGUUAUGUGAGUAUACCUUGAAUGGCUGGAGCCGGAUCACUGCAUGAUGUAAUAAGAGCAUGGACUUUCUCUCAGAAUAUUCUCAUGUAAAGUGGAAACAGUCUGCUCAUAGGCAUUCCCUAGAAAUCCAAGAAGAAUAAAUAGGGUUUGAAGCCUAUAGUUUCUCUCUGAUAACUCAAUUGGGUCAUUUCCAAGUCAAUGAUUAAAGACACUGUUUUUUUUUUGUUGUUUUGUUUUUUUUAAUGUGUCUUUUUAAGCAAAUGGAAUGUCCAGUGUUAGCCAUUACACAACAGUCCAGAUUUUGAACAAAAAAGUUUACAAACAAGAUCAAAAUACCGGAAUGUAUUAAUAGAGGCAUAAAUCAUCUUUGUUAUCCCUGAGUAUAUAUUAGUUUUUAAAUAUUCUCAGAUUAUGUAUUAGCCUGAAACAAAAAUCCUGUUUUGCCUACAGUGUGUAUAUACUUCAAGGAAAAAUGUUUUCAGAAAUGUAGUGACCGCAGCAAAUCUUUCACAAAGUUAGGGUGUCUUAUUACGAAGGAACAAACACACAAUUUUUCAGAUAUGUAGAUAUUUGGGGAGAGACUGACUGGCUUACCAAAGACAUGCUUGUUGUUUCAUAAUAAAAAUUAAAUUUAUGUAUUGUUAUGCAGCUACUGAUAUUUUACAGCUAUGUGACUUAUUAAAGUUAUUCCUGCAUGUAA